CUCUUGACAAUCGUCCCCCUUCCGCUCAACGCCACUAUUUUCCUCCCAUAACAAGAGCGCCUCACCAUGCCUUCCUUCGAGGAGAAAGAUUUGCACAAGCACGACGCAGAGAAGCAGGAGGACUCUGUGUCCAUACAAUCCGCAAAGUCAAGUCACGCCGAGGGCGUCGGCAGGGACUAUGAACUCAAGUGCAUGCUCAUCAACAAAUGUCUGCAGGAAGAGAUCGGUUUCGGUCGCUACCAGUAUCAGCUCUUCAUUCUCGCCGGACUGGGAUGGCUAGCAGACAACCUGUGGCUGCAGGGUCUCGCCGUCGUCCUCCCACAAGUCGAGCAGGAAUUCAACCCGAGCCAGAUCGAGUACGCCGUCCUCGCUGAGUUUGCCGGUCUCAUCUGCGGCGCGACGACGUGGGGCAUCCUCGCGGACGUCAUCGGCAGACGGCUGUCGUUCAUGAUCACUCUGUUCCUGGCCGGUGUCUUCGGUCUCGCAGCCGGCGGUGCACCCAACUUUGUCGCGUUCUGCUCGCUCAUUGCCUGCAUGGGCUUUGGUAUCGGUGGAAACCUGCCCGUUGAUGGAGCGCUCUACCUUGAGGCGAUUCCUGCAUCGCACCAGUGGACCCUCACGCUGCUCUCGGUUUGGUGGGCAAUUGGUCAGCUGGUUUCAUCACUGAUCUCGUGGGGCUUCAUCGUAAACUACUCGUGCGACACGUCGAUACCCGCGGGCCAGUGCCCACGGUCCGAGAACCCCGGCUGGAGAUACACCAUCUUCACCCUCGGCUCCAUUACCCUGCUGAUGUUCAUUUCGCGCUUCUUCAUCUUCGACGUCAAGGAGUCGUCCAAGUACCUCGUUUCGCAGGGCCGCGACGAGGAGGCGAUUGAGGCACUCGAGCACAUGGCGAAGCUCAACGGCAAGAGCAUCACGCUCACCCUGCAGGACUUCAAGAACAUCUCUGAGGUCGACCGCUCGCGCCCGCCCAUGUCCAACCUCGAGAUUGUCAAGGAGGCCGUGACGAGCAUGUCUCUCUCGCACAUCAAGCCUCUCUUCACGAGUAAGAUCCUCGGCAUCAACACGUCGCUCAUCAUCUUCAUCUGGGGGCUCAUCGGGCUCGCCUACCCGCUCUUCAACGCCUACCUCCCGCUCUACCUCGCCGCGCAGGGCUCAUCGUCCGGCUCGGGCUCGCUCGACGAGACGUACCGCAACUACGCGAUCAUCUCCGUGCUCGGCAUCCCCGGCUCGCUCAUCGCGUGCGCCGUAGUUGACUGGACACGCGGUUCCUCGGGCUCGCGCUUCUUCAUCGGCGGCCGUAAGCUGUCGCUCGCGGUCUCGACCGCGCUCACGGGCAUCUUCCUGUUCCUGUUCACGACGAGCCACAACGCGGCGGCUGUGCUCGGGUGGUCGUGCGCGUCGGGGCUGACGCAGAACGCGAUGUACGGUGUCCUGUACGCGUACACGCCCGAGGUGUUCCCCGCGCCGCACCGCGGUACGGGCGACGCGCUCUGCUCGGCGCUGAACCGCAUCGGCGGGUUCAUCGCGCCGCUGAUUAAAAUUGCGACGACGCCCAAGAACGGCGGCCUGUCUGCUAACGCGGCUAACGGACCCGUGUUUGUUUCCGCAGCGCUGUUCAUGGUCUCGGCCUUCCUCACUGUGCUCCUCCCCAUCGAGGCUGCAGGGAGGUCGGCACUGUAACGACGUGUACUCGACUCACGUUUUUCCCUAUGUAUGUAUCUUCGACGAGGUGCUGUUGUGUCCGAGAUGUGGAUGUUCACGAGGGGUCCGUAUUUAUACCUCAUACCCCCUGUAAUACCUUGUUCUCUUUCGCCUCUUUUUUUGCCGUUGCAUCCACCCUAUUGCAUACCCGCACGCCA